AAAAUUUAGAUUUUUAUUGUAUUGACUACACGAUUUUCAUGAAAAACACUUACUAAAUUUGCAUUUUUAAUAAGUAUCCCGGAACACUAUUUAGGAUUUGUCUUAUUUUAAUUUUAAUGCUAGAAAAACAUUUUUAUUUUACUAUUUUUUUAUAAACAAAUAGGACAAAAGAAAGAGGGUAGGGGGUUGGCAAAUUAAAUGAGCAAAACAAAGCAAAGCAUCCACCACUAUACCCAGAUAUGAAUUGAAUCUUUUUCCUGUUUUAUUAGUAGCAAAGGAAAAUAUGAACUCUUUUUCCAUAUAUAUAAUUUUCUUCCAUUCCCAAUUUUGAUAUCAAAAAUCUUCACCAAUAUUCAUUCUCACCUUUUCAUGUUAGAUACAAAUUAUUUUCUCAAAGCAUCAACAAUAUUCAUUCAUCCCUUCAUCAUCCUCAAGACUCUAUUUUCAGAUAUAUAUGAUGCAGGAGGUUACAAAAAAUAUUGUGUUGACAAAGCCAUUUUCAUUAAGAGGGGAUUCAGAUUCAGAGGAAAAUUACACUGCUCCUAAUCUUUUACAGCGUAUAUUAAGUCUCUUUAAGAAUGUACGGCCAGGAUCUGAUCUCACACGUUUCCAGUUACCACCACUAUUCAACUUUCCAAAGUCACAACUUCAAUGCUAUGGUGAAUCAGUAUAUUCAACAGCUUCAGAUUUAUUAAGCAAAUGCAACACUGAACAGAGUCCAAUUGAAAGACUCAUAUCUGUUGUAGCAUGGAGCAUAUCAACCACUCGCCCUCCAAUGUUUGGUCUUGCUCCUUAUAAUCCCAUUCUUGGAGAGACUCAUCAUGUUUCCAAGGGAAAUCUUAAUGUCUUACUAGAACAGGUUUCACAUCACCCUGCUGUAUCUGCCCUCCAUGCAACUGAUGAGAAGGAAAACAUAGAAAUCAUAUGGUGUCAGUAUCCAUUUGCAAAGUUCAAUGGUACUUCAGUAGAAGCUCAAGUACAAGGAAAAAGGAAGUUGAAGCUUAUAAAUCAUGGAGAAACAUAUGAAAUGAAUUCUCCAAAUCUCUUUAUAAGAAUUCUUCCUGUUCCUGGAACAGAUUGGGUUGGUAAUGUCAAUAUCAGGUGUAAAGAAACAGGUCUUGUGGCAGAGUUAUGUUACAUAAGUCAAUCAUUCUUUGGAUUUGGUGGAAAUAGAAGAUUCAUAAAGGGAAAUAUUAUUGAUUCAUUGAAAUCUAAGAUUCUAUAUAAAGUUAAUGGUCAUUGGGAUAGUACUGUGACACUGAAAGAUACAAAUAAUGGUGAAGAAAGGAUAAUAUAUGAUGCUAAAAAAGUCAUUUCAAGGCUCCAAACUCCUAGUGUCAACAAUGCAGAGAGUGUAUGCCAAACUGAAUCAGCUAUUAUAUGGAGUGAGUUAAGCCAAGCCAUCAUAAACAAAGAUUGGGAAAAGGCAAGAGAAGCAAAGAAAAUUGUGGAAGAAAAACAAAGAGAAAUCGCAAAAGAAAGAGAAUCCAAAGGAGAAACUUGGAUUCCUAAACAUUUCAUAUUGUCACAAAGCAAAGAAGGAGAUUGGGACUGUUUACCUAUUCAAAAGUUGGUCCCACCUUCUCCUAUUGUAACCUUGUAAUUUAUUUAUUAUAUAGUUUACCAAUUAAGCAUUACUAUAAUAAUUUUAGAAACAUUCAAUUAGAUGAAUUAUUGUUAAAGUCAUCAUUAGUUAGGCAUAACAAUAUAUUUAUAAACUAAAGAAAUUAAAUUAAAGUCUACUUUGUGGUAGACCUAAUUCUUGUUUCAUUCUUAGAAGGAAACACAUUGUGGGUCUAAGUACAAUUUUGGUUACCAGAUUCUUAACAAAAUUUUGAGUUAAAACACCAUCCCACAUUUUUAAAUUUCGGUUGUAGAUACGCUGUGAAUUAAUCUUUAUACUGCGGAAAAAUGCAGGAAAACAUGGUUGAUGCGAUGGAAAUUGUAGUUGCAGAGACCUAAAAGUCCAUUAUAUCGCAGAGUGUAAUUUAAAACUAUGUAUUAUACUAGUAAUUAAAAUUUAUAAAUUGUUUGUAUUGUAUAUUCUAAUCAU